GUACAAUCCCUGGAGCACGUCGAAUCAGAAACAGAGAAGAAAAUCAGGUAAGAAACACUUUGUCAGGAUGAAAUCAAGUUCACGAUUGUUUUCCACGUAAUGUGCAAAAAAUCUCAGGAAGACUGAAUUUUUAAGCUUGGUCAUGGUAGUCACUAGCAACAUAUAAAAAGACUAAAUCCUGACGUUUGAAUGAAUGAAAACAAUAUUUAAUAAUGAAGAUACAAACUUCAUAAUAGUUGGCUUUCAGAGGGUCCCCAGAGUAAGGCCCUUCGUCGCAGAGUUUUAGCAUGCUGUCUGACAAAGAGAUUUCUCAACCUCAGACCAUGUCUCUCCAUAAAUUUCGAGAAUAACGAUUUUGCAAUUUAACAAUACCAUAGUGUUAUUAUAACAGCUGUUUUAGAGCUCUAAUGCAUGUCUGGGCAUGCAAGACAACAGGAAAUGUGGAUGACGUCAAACCGGAUUAGGAAAAAUUAGAAUUUCUAGAAGACAUUGUUGACAGAGUCUUGGUAUAUUUCAUAUCAAUGGCUUACUCAAGUGAAAGGUAUGGCGCACAUAUAUAUACAGUAAAUACUAAAUAGCAUAUCAUCUCCAUGCGUUUAUUCAUUAAUCUUUCAAGCGAUUUUAUACGAUGUGUACAAUACAAUAGUCAAUAGACAAUAGAUAUAGCUGUGGAUUGAGAGAUACAACGACCUGAAAAUAUAUAAGCAGAACUUGUAUGUUUCGAGCGAGGGACCUUUGUCGCGAACAGUAGUAGCCCAGGAAGUGUAGUAAAUUCCCGACGAAGGGUACAGUUUUGCUUAUAUUUUGCAAGUAGUCGUAUAUCCUUCACAUCGCAGCUGCCUGUUAUCAUGUCUACCUAUCUAUCGUGUACAAUAUCCGAAAGCUUUGUUGAAGGAUUUAAUAAACUGAAAAAUAUAAAAACAACUUCGAUGUUUCUAGCGAAGAUCAUUAUUUGUCUGAAGGUUGCUAGCGUGAAAACCCACGCGACACACGCUACUGAUCACCAGACAAAGGGUUUUGCUAGAAACAUCGCGAAAGUUUUUAGAUUGUUCAUAAGGUAAUUAUAUCCUCAAACCACACAGCUGGAAUCCAGCACUAUGUAAAUAUUGUUUUACACAAAUAUUUUGUAUACUGAUGUAUAAGUAUAUGCAUGUUUGUCAUCUGAAAUGCGGGGUUAAGUGGGGGUAUAAUGUUCAAGAAUAGGCCAUGAACUUGUGGUUGGAGCUCGACAACUGGACUCUGUAGCUCAGUUGGUUAGAGCGCUGCACUGGAAUCGCAGGGCCGCAUAUUGGAUCCCUGCCAGAGGGACUAUAUAGUUAUAUUUUUCGCCAUACUGCUUCUGGCUAGGUCUAAUAAGUAUAUAAAACUCGAUAUGAGGGGGGGGGGGGUGUUGCCCCCGCCUCCCUGUCUCGCACGCGCAUGCAACCAAGUGUAGUCAAUGUAUUGGUUAGAAUUAGAGUACAGAGUUAGGAUAAGUUAUGAGAAAACACGAUUACUAUAUAUUUUGAAAUCCCUAUAUUAAAAAUGUGAUUGCUUAUGGGAUUGACUCAUCCUCCAAACAUGAAAUCCAUGCUCAACCCAGACAGUGUCUUGCAAUUAUGAAACUUUAGAAAGAUUAAGAUACCCCGGUUUCGGUGUACGGGUACGAGUAGUGUCAUCUUGUUUUACUGAUGUCUGUAAUUCCAUCAUACUUUUUCUGUUUUCUUGCAAUAGACAAUGAUAUAAUGCACCUUAAUUACGAGUAAAGGUGCAGACAUCGACAAAAAUAUUGCUAACCAAAAUCAUGCUACCCGUACACGUACACCGAAACCGGGGUAUCUUAACCUCUCUUUUAUGUUGCAGAAAAACGGUCGUGCCGUGGAACGACAUACGGAAUCGUUGGGUAAGGUGUGCAGGUGAGAGAAACAAGGCCGAAGUAGUGAAGAAAUAUUUCAAUACUUUUGCCACAAAACAUCCUGGCUACACCUUUAUAAUUGCAAAGAAAUUCAAUGACUUGUAUGAUGUGUGCAUCACGGCUCAACAAUGCUCUGCGAUCAAGACGCAUUUGGAAAGGGAAUUUGGCCUUUCUGGAUAUCUAGAAAAAGCUAUGUCUAUGGAAGUGCCUUGGAGAGAUUGCACAGAAAAAUCGUUCAGAAACGCCCAAGAUUUCCGAGAAUAUCGAGAACAUACAUUAGUUUCCAAGAACAGACCCGUGAUCAGGGCUAAGCAUGCAGAAGCGAGGCUGCAUUACAACAAAGUAAAAGAUGUUUUUACAAAGAGUGCUUUUCAAAUUCUCUGCUUUGAUAUCGAGGUGUACGAGCAUAACCGUAGUAUUAUGUUGGAGAUUGGUUACGUAAUUAGUCGUUUUACUGCAGGCGUGAGGUACCUGGGUUUCGGCAGCCAAGGCGAGAAACCAGACGUAACCCUGGUCACUAAGCGUCAUCUCAUCAUUCGAGAAAAUCUUCACUACAAGAAUGGUGAUGGAGUUCCAGAUAAUCGACAUGGGUUCAGGUUCGGUUCCUCGGAAACCUUGUCGCUUGCAGAUGCAGUGAGAAGGUGAUUAUUUUUAUUCAAACUACCGUCCCUCCAGGGCUUAUUUAUUUCAGGUAUAUCUGAGGGGGUAUUGGGAAGAAGGGCGUAUUCAUUUAGAUUAUGGGAGGGGUGGGGUGGGGGCUUACGUUCACAACGAAUUAAAGCCACACCGUAAGAUCGGAAGUAUAUGAAGUUGGCAAAGCCACGUUUUCGUAGGCCAGUGUAGUGCUCUGACCAGCCAUAUAAUUCAUUAUUAUAAUUAUGUAAUAUUUCAAAUGCGACUAUGAGGACUGGACUGGAUUUCAAGUCCGCGACAUUUGGUCUUGAAAUCUAGCCAAGUCCGAAUCGGAAGAUUUGAAAUGACAUCUCAUACGAAUAAAUCACUACGUAGUGAUUGAAUUAAUUUCAAUCCAGUCCUAGCUAGGACUGGAUCAAUAUAAUACUCAUUAAAAAUUCAUAAACCUUGUGAUAAAUCAUUUCAGCCAAAAUAUGUCACGUGGAGUGACUUUAUAUCUGAUAAACUCAUCUUCAUUAGUAUUCUUUAUAUAAUUCUUCAUCCUAAUUAGUAUGAUUAUAUAAUUGUUCAUCUUAAUUAGUAUUCUUUUGUAGUCGUAUUUUAAGCUAUUCAAAACACUCGAACUCGUGUUUUAUCAUAUCCAAAACGCUCGGCUGCGCCUCGCGUUUUAAAUAUGAUAAAACACUCCUUCUCGUGUUUUAAAUACUACUUCACCUGGUAUCCAGUAUUAUGAUGUGAGCAAAAUUUGAGAUUAUCAUGUUAAAGGUUUCGUGAAGAUGUCAGAGAAUGUGAUUACAUCCUUGGUCACUCAGUGAAACAUGACGACGCCUACCUCAGAAAUAUAGGCGUCGAUUUGAGCGAGCUUGGUAAGGAAAUGUUCGACACACAAGUCGUCCAAACCUACAAAGAAAGUUUGAAAGAAAGUGAGAAAUAUUUCAUGCGUGGUCUGUCUCAUCUAUUGAAAGAGUACAAGGUUAAUUAUGAAGAAAGUGAUCUACAUAACGCUGGCUGUGAUGCCUUCUAUACGAUGAUGGUGUUUUUACGACAGAUGGAAUACAGUGCUGAGGAAGUCAAUACCAUCAUCGCAUCUUAAUAGGAACACGUUGAUUUUACGAAGAAUAUUAUUACACUUUUGAUAUGAAUAUAUUAAUAACAAUACAGUACAGUACAUGUAGUACAGUAAUGACAUUUAGAUGAUAUGUAGAGGUACAACCUUACAUAUUGACAGGGAAUUGAUAUCUAGUUGUAGACAAUUUUUGAAAAAAAUUGUAUGGGUUUUUUAUAUGUAGAUACAGAAAUAUAUUUGAAC